UCUGGUUCCUCUGGCUCUAGCUCAGGUAGUUCCAGCUCCGGCUCUUCUAGUUCCUCUAGCUCUGGCUCUUCUGGCAGCUCUGGUUCUUCAGGCUCCUCCGGUUCGUCUGGUUCCUCGGGCUCCAGCUCCUCCGGUUCGUCUGGUUCCUCGGGCUCCAGCUCCUCCGGUUCGUCUGGUUCCUCGGGCUCCAGCUCCUCCGGUAGCUCUGGCUCGUCUGGCAGCUCUGGCUCCUCUGGUUCUAGCUCCUCUGGCAGCUCUGGCUCGUCUGGCAGCUCUAGCUCUAGCUCCGGUAGCUCUGGCUCGUCAGGCUCCAGCUCUGGUUCAUCUGGCUCCAGCUCUGGCUCGUCUGGCAGCUCUGGCUCUGGCUCUGGCUCAGGUUCAUCCGUCACUAUUCCCGCUCAGACCAGCACCCCUUACCCAUCUGGCGUUUCCCCGACUUCCGCCACCUCCACUGCUGUUUCUCCCGCUUCCGGUUCUUCUGGCUCUGGUUCCGGCUCGACUGGCAGCUCUGGCUCCAGCUCGGGUAGCUCUGGUUCUUCUGGCUCCUCUGGUUCUUCUGGCUCCUCUGGUAGCUCUGGCUCCAGCUCUGGCUCCUCUGGAAGCUCUGGCUCCAGCUCGGGUAGCUCUGGAUCUUCUGGCUCUUCUGGCUCGGGUUCCUCUGGCUCGGGCUCUGAAAGCUCUAUCGUCUACGAGUACACUUCGUACAGCACCAGCUUCUCGACCUACACCACGGAGUAUGUCACUGCCCCUACCGUCACCAUCACCGCCGCUCCUACCGCCACCGGCAGCGUUCAGACCGUCACCGUCAUCAACACGGUCACCGUUUGCGGAUGCGACUAA